CUUUCCUAACCUACAAUCAUGUUCGGCUACUUCAUCGUCUAUGCGAGAAAUGAAAGUUGUUAGGUUAUGAAGUUGAAAAGAUAAACAACAUAACCUGUCUUAAAUGUUAGUGAGAGGUGACUAGUGGAAUUAUCUUUGGAAAACUUUUUAGAAUUGCGAAAAGAAAUCUAUAAUUAUAUUAAUAUUAAGAUAGAUAAAAUUAAUAUUCUUAAUGAAGACUGCUCCACAUCAAAGGCUAGUUAUGGUUGGCGAUCGUGACGGGCUGAAAGAAUUGCUACGUCGUCGAUUAGUCGAAUGUGGAUGGAGGGAUCAAGUAAAAUUAAUCUGUAAAGAAUUAAUAAAAGAACAUGGUCAUGACAUUACUUAUGACAAAUUGCUUUCGAUGGUCACAACUAAAGCAAGAACACUUGUUCCGGAUUCUGUUAAAAAGGAACUUUUACAGAAAAUAAAAAAUCAACUAAUUGCUCAAGAAGAAAAAUUAAAAAUGUAAUGAUAAACAAUGUUUAUUCGUCGAUUUUUAUUUUGUAAAAAGAUGUAUAACUUUUAAUUUGUAAUUUAAUGAGAUUACGUACAAAUAUCAUUAUAAUAUUAUAUAUUAUGCAUUGCUAUAUUACAUUGUUACACUAUCUAUAACAUUAUCUAUAACAUUAAUUGAUAUAAACUUAUUACUAAAAAAUUAUGAAUAAAUUAUAUUUGUACAAAUUGA